UUUUUUUUUUUUUUCCUUUUUUGUGAGUGGGUGAAGAAAAGAAAAAAAAAUAAAAAAUCCACCCAAUAAAUAGUGAAAAAUAUUGACCCACUCACUCCUCACCCAAUCAUCUUUUCCCCUUAUCUUCUCUCUCUAAAAUUUUCUCUCUCUAAAACUCAACCUCUUUCUCUUCAUCUUCUUCCUCCUCUUCCUAAUCUUUUGACUCAGAUCCCAUCUUUCUCUCUCCUCCAUUUUCACUCUCUUCUUCUUCAGAUCUUCAAUCUUCUGCAACUUUUUCUCAGAUCUAACAAUGGAGCAAGAAUCCCCAGCAAAAACCCACCUCAAAUCCACCUUAAAAACCACCCCAUUUUCCACCCUUUGCUCCUCUUCCUUCCCAGAAGAAGUUCUCGAACAUGUUCUCUCCUUCAUUGAGUCACACUCCGACCUAAACUCUGUCUCACUCGUUUGCAAAGCUUGGUAUGAGAUCGAACGAUGGUGUCGUCGUCGGAUCUUCAUCGGAAAUUGCUACGCUGUUAGCCCUUCGAUUGUAAUCCGACGGUUCAGAGACAUCCGAUCUGUUACUAUUAAAGGAAAGCCUCAUUUUGCUGACUUUAAUCUUGUUCCUGAAGGUUGGGGUGGUCACGCUUUGCCGUGGAUCGCUGCGUUUUCGGACGCUUUUCCGGCGUUGGAGGAGCUUCGGAUGAAGAGGAUGGUUGUUACUGAUGAAGCUCUUGAGUUGAUUGGGAAAAAAUGGCGGAAUUUUAAGGUUUUGGUUUUGUGCUCUUGUGAAGGGUUUUCUACUGAUGGUUUAGCUUCUAUUGCUGCUAAUUGCAGGAAUUUGAAAACUCUGGACUUAUGCGAAAGUGAAGUUGAUGAUUCAAGUGGGAAUUGGAUAAGCCAUUUUCCGGAUACUUAUACCUCAUUAGAAUCUCUGAAUGUCGCCUGCCUCAUCUCAGAGCUGCGAUUCUCUUCUCUUGAGCGUUUGGUGAGCAGAUGCCCAAACCUCAAAUCGCUCAGGCUCAAUCGUGCAGUGCCUCUGGACAAGCUCUCAGUUCUUUUGGAGAAGGCUCCUCAGUUGGUUGACUUUGGCUCUGGUUCAUUUUUGACUGAGCUCAACACUGAAGGCCAUGAUAAAAUUACUAGGGCUUUUGCAGGAUGUAAAGGGCUGAAGGGGCUAUCUGGGCUCUUUGAUGUCGUCCCUACUUAUCUUCCCGCCCUAUAUCCUGUCUGCUCGGGGCUCACUUCUUUGAAUCUGAGUUACGCCACUAUUCACUCCCCUGAUCUGAUCAAACUUCUCAGUCACUGUCAGAGUCUUCAACGUCUUUGGGUACUUGAUUACAUUGAAGAUAGUGGCCUUGAAGUGCUUGCAGAAUCAUGUAAGGAUCUGCGGGAGCUACGCGUCUUCCCUUCCGAGCCUUAUGUUCAAGAACCAAAUGUUUGCCUAACAGAGCAAGGCCUGGUAUCAGUCGCCAUGGGUUGUCCUCAACUGCAAUCUGUUCUUUAUUUUUGCCGUCAAAUGUCCAACGAAGCAUUAUUCACCAUUGCGAAAAAUCGCCCCAACCUUACCCGCUUCCGUCUAUGCAUCAUUGAGCCCCAGUGCCCAGACUACUUAACAAACCAACCACUAGACGAGGGUUUUGGGGCCAUUGUCGAGCACUGCAAGGACCUCCGCCGCCUUUCAUUGUCUGGUCUCCUCACUGAUCGUGUUUUUGAGCUCAUGGGGACCCAUGCCAAGAAACUCGAGAUGCUUUCCUUGGCAUUUGCCGGAGACAGUGAUGUGGGUUUACAUCAUGUUUUAUCAGGGUGCAAGGACCUUAGGAAGCUCGAGAUUAGGGAUUGCCCAUUUGGUGGAAGAGCGCUUGUGGCGAAUGCAGCCAAGUUGGAGACAAUGCGAUCCCUUUGGAUGUCUUCGUGCCAAGUGAGCUACGGGGAUUGUAAACUGCUUGGCCAGAAGAUGCCGAGGUUGAAUGUGGAGGUUAUGGAUGAAAGGGGGCACCCUGAAUCAAGGCCUGAUGAAUCCCCCGUUGAGAAGCUUUACAUCUACCGGUCAGUUGUUGGACCCAGAUUGGACUCUCCGGAAUUUGUUUGGACUAUGGGUGAAGAAGAAGACUCAGCAUCAGCAAUGAGGGUCUCGGCCCUUGUUGAAUCAGGUUUAGAGUGGCUGCACGCCACUUCAGAUGGCUAAUCGGAUGUUUUAGUGCCGAUUGGGAAGAUAUAUCUGGGAGGGUAGGGAUGUAUGUUUAUUGAUUGUUUGUGUACUAGUAUGGUGUAGCUAGGAUAGAGGACGCGGUUUCAUCUUGUUGAUCAGCGAAACCUUUAAAAUUUGUAUGUAUACUAGGGCUCAUGGUGAUCACAUUCAUUUCAUUUCAUUAUUCAAUGUAACUGAAUAAUUCAAUCUUCAAUAACUUUUGCAAAGUAUGCAAAUUAUUCCUUGGUUUUUUAAGCA